AUGGGCACAGCGAUUGGUUACAAGUGUUUAGUAUGUCCUGUACGAACAAGAUUAUAUUCAUUUAGAAUAGUAAGUUCAUCAUCUUCGUCAUCAUCAUCAGUUGGUGUGUCAAGACAGCAAGUGUUGGAGCAAGUGGAUAAGGAGCUAAAAAAGGGAGAUGAAAGAGCGGCACUUACACUUGUCAGGGAUCUGCAAGGCAAGCCUGCUGGUCUUAAAUGUUAUGGUGCUGCAAGGCAAGUUCCUCAAAGGCUUUACACAUUGGAUGAAUUGAAACUUAAUGGAAUUGAGGCAGCUUCUCUUUUAUCUCCUGUUGAUGCCACACUUGGUUCUAUAGAAAGGAACUUGCAGCUUUGUGGUCUUCUUGGUGGGAUUGCUGCUUGGAAUACUUUUGGGUUUAGCCCACAACAGAUAUUUUAUUUUUCCCUUGGAUUGUUGUUUCUAUUGACAUUAGACUCGGUUUCCUUCAAUGGAGGAGUUGGGAGUUUGGUUCUUGAUACAAUCGGUCAUACAUUUAGCCAGAAGUACCACAGCAGAGUUAUUCAACAUGAAGCUGGCCAUUUCCUGAUUGCAUACUUGGUGGGCAUUCUCCCAAAGGGCUAUACACUUUCUAGUUUGGAAGCUUUACAAAAGGAAGGAUCUCUUAAUGUUCAAGCAGGAACUGCUUUUGUAGACUUUGAGUUUCUUGAAGAAGUUAAUACAGGAAAAUUAUCAGCUAUGAGUUUGAACAGAUUCUCAUGCAUCGCACUAGCAGGUGUAGCAACUGAAUACCUCCUCUACGGAUUCGCUGAGGGAGGCCUUGCUGAUAUAAACAAGUUGGAUAUGCUGCUGAAGGGCUUAGGAUUCACACAGAAGAAAGCAGAUUCUCAAGUCAGAUGGUCUGUACUGAACACGAUCUUAAUUCUGCGUCGCCAUGAAGGAGCUAGAGCUAAACUAGCAGAGGCCAUGAGCAUGGGAAAGUCUGUAGGAUCUUGCAUUAGCAUUAUAGAAGAUAAUAUAAAUGAUGCAGAUAUCUGAUUCCACCAACUCAGCCAUUGUUGGCCUAUUUUUCUUUCUUUCGGUAUGUACAUGUCUGCAAAUUUUCUAUGAUGUAUUCACCAUUACUUCUGGUCAAUUUCUGAGCUCUAAAUGAUCACAGAGCAAUUAGCAGAGAAGCUUGUUCAGAUGUUUAUAUUUGAGUUGAAUCUGAAGGUAAAUGUCAGCUUCUUUUA